AUGGCUCAUUACGAUCUCAAUGACGAGAAUAAUCUUCAGGUCGGUUCCGGUGAACAAUCUGCUGUAUCAGAAUCAGCGUCUAACACCAAUCAAGCAAUUCUGGGUCUUACUCAGAUAAUGCGCGAGAUGUCGAUGCAAUUACAAAUUCUCACGCGUCAACAGAAUUUAUUUAUGCGAUCUACGGAAGACCGAGGAAGAACAACCAGUUCCGAUAUCGGGAUCCCUUCGAGCCAAUUGGGGCCGAUAUCUCAUCAACCAAUACAGAAUGAGACAUCGCUGUCUGCAUCCGACACACGCUCUGCUCCGGGCAGAAGCACCAGAGUUUUUCCAGCCACCAUCGAUGAAUUCCUGGAUAGGAUGUACGAGAUUACAAGCUCUCUCGGAAGCUUUACCAAGAAAACUUCACCUCUGGCGAAGAAGAAGGAGAAAACCAAGAAUUCUCCGCCAUUACUCUCCAAAAAGGAUCAAUCAAAAUCCGACAAGGAUGAGAUCUGUAGCUACUGCAAGGCAAAGGGCCACCGCAAGAUAAAUUGCUUUAAGUUGAAGAAGAAGGAAGGCACGCAGCCUGCCUCAUCUACCACGUCGUCCGUCGCCGCAGCAGAAGAGGACACGCCUGCAACAUCAGAAAAGUCAACAGUUGCGGCUGGCACUGAGAACUCGUCUCGAGCAAUAACAAUGGACAAUUCCGUACCUAAAGUUAAGGCUAUAAAUGUGAAUGUGGCCAUCUCUGCCGGAGACGUAAAGUUCUCGGUGAUUGGUGACGAUGAUGCUCGGCAUUUCGCGAUGUGUGGUGUGCCGAUCGAAGAGCUAAAAAAUGCGAAAAAAGUUUCUCUACCGAAUGACUUAGUAUUAUCACUCAGCGCAUGGCAGCACUGUCAGCCAAGUCAAUACGAAUACGUCAUCAAGAAUCCGUAUAAUAUAAAGAUAAUAAAAGCGUUAAAGCAGUCAGACAUAAAAUCAACUUACAUGACACCGACAUCGUCGAGCGAUCAAAUCAAUCCAAGCUAUAAACCCACGGAGAAAUUUGUAAUAGAUGCCGUUAGACCAUUAUCACUUUACAGAACACAUUUGAUAUCUAUUAACGGAGAAUCUGAGACAGAAAUUGAUAAUAAUAAAGAGAAAACUUCGACAGGAAUAGCUUAUUGUGGCGUGAUCGGGCACAUCGCUAGAAGAUAUUAUGCAAUUAUUGGACCGCCUGUCGAUAAAGCUAUAAGAAUAAUGGAUAUUUCCUAUAAUAAAGUUUCCUGUGAUUAUGACACCGUAUUGCACAGUCAUAUUAGAAAAGAUCAAUUUCGUUCUCGGGGCAUAAAAACGUUUCAACAAUAUCACAUCUUCGAAUAUCUCCGCGAUGCACCAAAACAGAAAGACGCAGCUUUGUCUUUGGAAUACGGUUAUCCUAUUUUGGGUAGACUGCAAGAGUUGGAACGCUUUAAUGAUAUCCUGGACGAAAUUGGAGUUGCAGAUCGGAAAUAUUCAGGAUUGUUGAUCGAGUUGAAGAUUAAAAUCUGCAUUUUGCUUGAUGACAUUCAAUACCUUGAUCAUAGAUCCUGGCAAUUUUUGUCGUCGGUUCUUGAUAACUGUAAUAUCGUCAUAGCGAUGACGAUACUGAAAUAUCACUCUUGGGAAGACUUGUCCCAUGUGGAAGCGGAGAUUUACAAAGAUAAAAGGCUAACGAAUUAUAAUUUGUUCGGUCUGAAUGUAGAUCUGCUCCCGGUAUUUGCGUGCCAAUUUCUGAAUGUCCUUGCAAUACCAAAACAAUUAAGCAGGAUUUUGCGAAGACGCCAAGAUGGUCAUCUCGGAUGGUGCGAGGCGUUGCUGACGUCAAUCCUUCAAAGUAAUGGUUUGGAUUUCGUUAAGAUAUCACCCAGCGAAGCGUUACAACGGAAUCUUGUUUUUCCAAGUGGCAUUCUGGUGACAAAGCUACCAAUCGAUCUAACACCAGAAGAAUUGGCGCCACCUUUAUCCUGGUCUCAAAUGAGUCUUUUAGAUGUCUGUGUCACGAACGAGAAUUUCUUUAAGAUUACCAGCAAAAAACGCAACAUAACAGGCAAAUUUAACAUUUUAUUUCUAGAAUUAAGAAGCGAGGUCUACGAUAGAAUGAAUCCUUAUGAGCAAGAUUUCAUUAAGUGCGCUGCCACGCUGGGCAAAGUGUUUAAACGAAGCAUGAUAGAAAACGUAAUGUUGAAUACGAUCCCACUGCACACCAUUAAAAGAGCUGUCAUUAAUCGUCAUCUCCUACCUCUUUAUGGUCAUUGUAAAAUGCUAGAAUUCAAAGUUAAUGCAUUUCACAAGAUGAUGUAUAACAUACAAACGGAUAAAGAAAAGCAAGAAUAUCAUACAAGAGCAGCUAGGAUAUGUGAGUUGGACGCUAAAAAAUGUCAUUCUUGCGGUAGCGGUCGUUUUCUGAGAAUUCUUAGUGAAGAUGUACUCAAAGAAUUAAAGCAGGAAGACAUAUCUUUGAAACCCAAAGUUUCGUUGGUCCGUCGUCGAACACUAAUUGUCGAAGAUAAAUGGACGAUUUCAAAACCGACAAUACUUUCAACACGAACAAUUGCUGCGGAGAAGAGACGAGAUUCUGUUGACGUUUGUAGAGUAUCUAUUAUGCCAUCAGAUAUUGAUGACAAAGAAGAUGAAGGAGAAAUCAACAAAGUAUUCGAGUUUUUUAUACAGUACAGUGCCGGAAUGAUCCAAAUUGCGCAACCUCUUUAUGCAAUUAAGUUGCUCUCGAUUGCUGCUGAAAGAAGUAAGGCCGUCAAAGUGGACGAGUGGGUUGAUGAGAACACAGAGAACAGUAUCACGAAUAAAGGAAUCAUUUUAGCCUUAAUGGGUCCGUGAAACUUUACGAAAUAUUCUAUAGAAAACAAAUUAAAAACGGCGCAGUCGUUUGCCUUGAGAAGUUUCAAGCUCGCGUUUCUAAACGUUAACAGUUUUCUAGAGAAAGGCGAAAUAUAUCUUGCAACAGUACGAGUUUUGCAUUGCACAAGAAACAUUAAGUUAAUACGACAUAUCGAGAGACUAAUGCUAAUCACAAUAAAGAGAAAAGUUAUCUGGAAUGAUGUCGAGGAAAUAGCGAUGGUGGCAAAUAUUUAUCUAACGAUGUACCAAAUUAGAGUAUUAAGAGGUAAAUUGGAAGAAGCCAUACAUAUAGGUAUAAAGGUCUUGAAAAUAUCUGAAACAUUGCAUCUUAAGAAACUGACGCUGAUUAUUAUACCCUCAAUAAUUCAAAUAAUGCUAUGGACCAGAUGUGUCAAUGAAGCUGUCGACUUGAUGCGGGAAUUAUAUUUUUUGGCAGACGAGGACAUAGAUUUGUCAGCCAAGACAUGGUAUUAUGCUCUUUCUUUAGAUCUCAUGUUGGACGCAGGAAUAGUAUUGGAAUCAUACGAGACAUCUUAUAACUAUUAUAGCGACUGUACAGCUUACAGAUCCAAAUUUUGCGUAUGGCGUGAUCCACAAAGCCUGUGUCGCUUGUUGACAGGUCUAUGGAUGUAUCAGCUUAGAAUGAGUCAAACGAUUUCUAACGCAUUUGCAUGCACUGCGGAAAAAUAUGUGAAAGACAUCACUUGGGGUGAUUUUUCUCAAAUUCUUACUUGCAGCAAGGGUCUCGAGUGUUAUUUGCUGUUAUUGAUGCGCUACAUUAAUACGAAGUACUCUAACGAGCUACAAAAUCUUGUUCAAGAUAUUUCCAAAAUUAGCAAAUGCCUCAAAAGCAUUUCUAAGUACACGAGAGUUAUAAAAUCACGUUUAUAUUUGUUGAUGGCAUAUUUGAAUGUUCUUCGGGGCCGCAAAUCGAGCACACGGAUUUAUUUGUACAAAGCACAGAAAUUCGCGAUUCUACAAGAAAACCAAUUGAUGAUGGCAUGGAUCAUACAAAAUAGAAGGACGUGGAGGGAGAAAAUUUAUAAUAAUAUGGCGCGAUACUGGUUGGAAUACAUUAACUCAUCAGAUAUCGUGCCUUGGCAAUAUAUUCGUAACUUUACCAUCGAUACCUGGUCCACUAUCCUUUAUCCUUUACCGGUGCCUGAUGCACACUUGUAACGAGCAAUGAAAAGCACAUUCUUUCAUCUAGCAUAUUAUUCUCGUAUUUAUCGUA